AGAGAGAGAGAGAGAGAGAGAGAGAGAGAGAGAGAGAGAGAGAGAGAUGCCCCGUCCAUGGGGGCGACAGAAGCCCCAAGCAAAAUGGAAGGGUCGUGAGGGUGUCGCCCAGCCCACCCAGCCUGGCCACUCGGAGCCGCCAUCGCCAUCGCCAAGCUCGUCGGUGGAUUUCAGUGGACUCCUGUCAAUCGAAACGGACGGAUCGUCAUCAAGGCAGACGGCAGAGCAGUUCGAUAGAAAGCCGCAGGCCAUGGAAGAGAUUCAAGAGAAAGACAAUCCUGUCCUAGGCAUCGAUCUUGGCACUUCCCACUGCUGCGUAGCUCUGUUCCGCACCAUGGACGACAUCGAGAUCGUUCCAAAUGAACACGGCCGCAGAACUACCCCUUCCUACGUGGCGUGGGACACCGAGGACAAUCGACUGGUGGGAGAAGCUGCGAAGAAACAUGGUAUGAACUAUCCCGGAAAGUGCAUAUUCGAGGUCAAGCGGCUGAUGGGGCGAUCAUUCCGGGAUGCCAAUGUCCAGGAGGACGCAAAGAUGUGGCCUUUCGAUGUGAUAGCUGGUCCUCAUGGCGAAGCUGUGGUCAAAGUGCCCGAUGCACCGAGGGGGGGGCAAAGUACUUUCAAACCUGAGGAUGUUUCGGCCGUGCUGCUGAAGAAGAUGAAGCAGAUCGCUGAGGAGUACACCAAUCGCCGUUCGAUCGCGGAUGCGGUCAUCACCGUCCCUGCGUACUUCAAUCACAGUCAGAGGAAGGCGACUAUGGCCGCCGGGGUGAGCGCAGGAUUGCGCGUGUUGCGACUGAUGAGCGAGCCGACGGCUGCGGCGUUGGCCUACGGCCAUCAGCGGAUGAUCGGCAGAGGGCCUUCGGCGAAAAAGCUGGUGGCGUUUCACCUGGGUGGGGGAAGCUUCGACGCAUCGGUUAUGACCGUGAAGGUUGCUGGACCGGAGGAUCAAGAGAUUCAAGACUGCAGCUUUGUAGUGAAUGCAGUGGCUGGAGACUCUCAUCUGGGAGGUAUAGACAUGGACAAACGCCUGCUUCGGCACGUGGCCGACAAGCUCAAGAGUCAGAUUCAAGGGGAAGACUUGCUCGGCAAUCCCUGGAUUGUGCCAAGGCUUAACGAGGCUGUCGUGGAUGCGAAGCACGUUCUGUCCGUCAGGAAGGAGACGGAGAUCAAGGUGCAUUACCGUGGCGAUGUACUCAGCUUGAGACUGCGUCGUUCUGAGUUCGAGAUGCUCAACCAAGACCUGUUUGAGCGAAUGCUAAGGAUCGUCGAACAAGCUCUUCAAGAUUCCAAGUUCAGGAAGGAAGAGAUCUCGGCUGUCCUACUGUCGGGCGGAUCUACGGUCAUUCCGAAAGUGCGAGAGAUGCUGACGGCGUUCUUCGGCAAGCCGCCCAUCAAGUCGGUCAACGCCGAUGAGGCUGUGGCGUUUGGAGCUGCAUUGCAGGCCGGUUUGCUCGCCCGAAGAAGGGGCGGCAAGUGCGCAGAGGCAACAAGCAUAACAGUGCAAGAUGUGACGUCAACUAGUAUCGGCGUCUUGACGAGGUUCGACAUCAUGCGUGUUGUCGUCCCCAGAAAUUCUCCCCUUCCAGCCUCUGGAAGUAUGAAGUACACUUUGCUCGACGACCAGGAAUCGUUAUGGGUUCCGUUGUAUGAAGGCGAACGUGCUCUGUGUGCUUAUAAUCGCUUGCUGGGGGAGCUGACGCUGGACGGGUUCACGCCUGGCCCUGCGACCUUGCAGUCGGCCAUCCGAGUUGUGCUCAGAAUCGACCGCCAUGGGAUUCUGCAUGCUGCAGCAGAGGUGCUUGCGAAGCACAAGGACAUCGGGAGAAGGGUGAAAGCGAUCGUCACACUGGACACGGAUGUUGCCCACUCCUCGGCCGACGGGACGGAGGCAUCGGACUGCUACACGGCAGAGGCCAAAGCGGAGGACACCAGGAUCUGGGCAGCGGGAGCGUCUAGGAACAGACUGCGGGAUCUCAUUCUCAAGCUGCGAGAGCAGCGUUCAUCCAACAACUGUUGCACCAAACUCCAGCAGCGUGUGGACGAGGCCUGGGCGUGGUGGAAUGGGCUGCAUAAACUUGCGCCGAAGGAGGAGUACGAUAAGCGAUACGCAGAGCUGGAACGCUUUGCGAGAAAGCCUCAGCCGCCUUGUCGUCAAUCCCAACCCACUGUGGUUUUUAAAGCCUUUGAACUGUUGUGCACGAAGCUGUGGUGUCUGUGCCAAUAAGCAUCGUCAUGUCUUCUGUCUGUGGCAGGUGGUAGACGCAGGACUCGGCACGUAAUGUG